AUGACUGAUGACAAGCGUGAAUUUGUGGAAUACGAAGAUUUAAGUACCCCAAUUUACAUCACUGUGGCAAAUGGACAUCAGUUGAAGGCGCAAGGAACAGGCAAAGUUCGAUUUAUACUCGAAAAUGGUCGUACAGUCAAACUUACGGAGGUGUUGUAUGUGCCUGGGCUAGACAAGAAACUUGUGUCUGUAGCAGCGUUGACGGCCCGAGGCGUGCUUGUUCAGUUCAAGCGUGAUCAAGCAGUUUUGAUAAGUGACGACGUGACUGUAGCAGUAAUUAAACGAGUGGGAAAGCUGUUUGCGUGGAAUGUAAAACAACAUAUCACGUUAGAGGCACACAAGGCUGAGAGCAGUGGUGCGAUAAAUGACACUAGUGGACUGUGGCAUGCUCGCCUCGGUCAUGUGUCUACGAAAAAGAUUAUGCAAGCGAUGAAGUCUUGCGAUGCCCGUUCAGUCAUACUUCAGGAAGUGAAGUUAAAACAAGUCGACCACUUGAGGUUGUACACACCGAUCUUAUGGGACCUAUGA